ACAGGUCUGUUCUGAAACAAGCUGUCCAUUUGGUGCGGAUUAUCAUAGACUUGACAGUUCACUUCAACAGCCAUGUAAACCAGUGCCAAUGGAUAUUCACUUGGUUAAACCAGUUAUACAAGUUCAUUCUGAAACCACCUGUCCAUCUGAUGCUUCCAAUAUUCAAUGUCACACACCAGAGCUUGGACAUGAUGAGCCAAAUUAUUCUUCUCAACAAGGAGAUCUAAUUCCCCAUGAUUAUAUUUUCCAUGGAUUAAAUCCAGACAGUGUUCUCCAAGGAUCUAUUGACAUUACAGUUAUGGAUUAUUUCUCUGCUCUCUUAAAAGCUCAAUUUGGACAAAUACAUGGACUGAUUCCACCUUCUGUAAUAUAUCAACAGGAGCUGUUAAAUGAACAGCCGUAUGAGCAACAACUAGUUCCAGAAGACAGGGAUGCUAUCCAAAUACACUUCCUAAAUGACCAUUAUGUUGUAAGUUCAAAAUCUGACCAAACAAUCACUAUCAUUGACUCACUCAGAAACUUGGAUCGAAUUAGAUUGCUCACACCACAGCUGUCCCUUGUAUAUCGUCAUGCAAGGAAAAUGAACAUUAACUAUGUUGUGCCACAAAGUCAAGGUGCUUCUGUCGAUUGUGGAGCUUUUGCUGCAGCAAAUGCAUAUUUUGUCUUGAAAGGCAAGUCUCCUUGUCACUUAACUUUGAACCAGUGUAGUUUAAGACCACACUUGAAGUUAUGCUUGCAAACUCAAUUUAUUUCGGACUUCCCUUUGACAACUCGUACUUUUGGCAGCACAUUUCUGGAUAAAUACUUGGAGGAUCAAGCAUAUAGACAGAAAAAGAGACAUAUUAAUUCAAUCUCUACAGGCUUGAAACAUGAAAGAGAAAAUGACAGAAAUAAAAACAAAAAGGUGUGUACCUAAUGAUAAUAAUAAAGAAAUUCCACUAGGAAAAAAUGAAAAAGACAAUUUCACCACUAAACAAAAAAAGUGUGAAUCAAGAAGAAAGAUUAAGGAGAAAUGAAAAAAAAGCACUAGCUAAAAAGAUAAAAAGAGAAGAUAUUGGAGAACGAAAGAAAAGAAAUGAAAGAGAAGCAUUGGCACAGAGAAAAAAGAGAAGUGAUCCUGAAGUGAGAAGAAAAAGGAAUGAAAGGGAAGUACUGAUGAAGAGAAAAAAAAGGGAAGAUUCAGAGGUGCAGAAAAAGACAAAUGAAAGGGAAACAUUAGCAAGGAGACAAAAAAGGAAAGAUCCUGAAAUACGAAGGCAACGAAAUGAACGAGAAACACCAGUACAGAGGAAAAAAAGGGAAGAUUCUGAAGUGAGAAAGCAACGAAAUGAAAGGGAAACACCAGCACAGAGGAAAAAAAGGGAAAAUUCUGAAAUAAGAAAGGAACGAAAUGAAAGAGAAACACUAGCACAGAGGAAAAAUAGAGAACAUUCUAAAGUAAGAAAGCAGCGAAAUGAAAGAGAAACACCAGCACAGAGGAAAAAAAGGGAAGAUUCUGAAGUAAGAAAACAGCGAAAUGAAAGAGAAACACCAGCUCAGAGGAAAAAAAGGGAAGAUUCUGAAGUAAGAAAGCACCGAAAUGAAAAAGAAACACCAGCACAGAGGAAAAAACGGGAAGAUUCUGAAGUAAGAAAGCAACGAAAUGUAAAAGAAGCACUUGCAAAAAGAGAGAAAAGGCAACCUUCAGGAAAUUUGGAUAAAGCUUUAGACAAUUUCAAAACUGACAUACAAAAUGGUCCAACAUUUGUUUGCACUGUCUGUAAUAGGAUGCUUUAUCGUACAUCACUAAGAAGAUAUAACUGUGAUAAUUAUGACAGAGACAUGUUAAACUGUAAUACAAACAAGAAAUCAUAUGAUGGUGUAGAAUAUAUUUGUACAUUAUGUCACAAUGCACUUAAACAUGACAGAUUGCCAUCAAUUGCAAUAAAGAACAAUAUGGAGUUAAGUGAAGUUCCAUACGAAAUUGAACAGCUCAAUUCACUUGAAACUGUAUUUAUUUCAAGACGAAUACCUUUCAUGAAAUUGUUAGCUUUACCGCGUGGAAAACAAAAAGCUGUACAUGGCUGUGUGGUAAAUGUCCCAAUAGAACCUGAUCAAUUAGUAUCCGUCUUGCCAAGAGUACCAUCUGCUGAUUCAUUUAUUAAAGUUAAACUCAAAAGAAAACUGAAAUACAGAGGACAUUCAUAUAACAGUACAAUCAGACCCAGUAAGAUAAUUGAUGCCCUUGUCUUAUUAAAAAAUCAACUUCAAAAUCCACUUUAUGAAGACGUUCUAUUAAAUGAAAAUUGGAUUGAAGACAGCUCUAAUGAAGAUUCUGAUUUAUGGGAUUCUCUGGUACCAGCUAAUCAAUCCGUAAAUAGUCAUGACAACAAAGAACAAUUAACGGAAUCAGAGGAAGAGACAGACAAAGAGGAUGAACAUGAAGACAAUAGAUCAAAACUAAGUGGCAUCCCUUUUGACACAUGCAUACAACCAAAAGAUAUUGUAAAUGAAAGUGUUCUUAGCAUUGCACCUGGGGAGGGGAAAAGACCAGUCAGUUUUGCACAAGAUAAAUAUGCAGAAGAAUUGUCUUUCCCACAACUAUUUCCUACUGGUAAAUUUGGUUUCUCCCAUGAACGUCCUACCAAGUUGUCUAUGAAGAAGUACUUUCAAGCUAGACUUUUAAACUGUGAUGGUCGCUUUUCUAAAAACAUUGAUUAUAUAUUCUAUGCACAAUAUAGGGUUGAAGCCAAAGAAGUAUAUGACAGUAUAAGUCUGAGUCUCCGAAAAGGGAAACAACAACAUAUUACUGCUGGUGAACUAAGUACUAAGGUUCAAGAAUUGGUCCGUACAGACUUGGGAAUACACUUUAUGCAGAAAAUUCGUGGUUCUCCAGCAUUCUUUAACAAAAUGUUUUAUGACUUGCUUGGUAUGAUAAGACAGUUAGGACCCUGUACCUUAUUCUUGACACUUUCAGCAGCUGACCUGAAAUGGAUAGAUACAAUUUCAGUUAUUGCAAAGCGCCAGGGCAAACAACUGAGAAAUGAAGAUAUUCAAAACUUGUCGUGGGAAGAGAAAUGUCAAUACCUUCGUUCUGACCCAGUAACUGCUGCAAGACAUUUUAACAACCGUGUCAGCAUGUUCUUCAAACACAUCCUACUUAACAAAAGAAUCAAUCCUCUUGGAGAAGUCACUGACUAUAAGUAUCGGAUAGAAUUUCAACAGCGUGGUUCUCCACACCUUCAUAUGUUAGUUUGGAUAAAAGAUGCCCCUGUUAUUGGAACAAGCACAGAAUCUGAUGUCAUACAAUACAUUGACCGUACAAUAUCUUGUGAACUGCCAGAAAAUGACCCUGAUCUUCGUGACUUAAUAGGUCUUGUACAGAAACACACACAUUCUGUUGCUUGUCGAAAACAUGGGAAAACAUGUCGCUUUUGCUUUCCCCGUCCACCAUUGGAUGAGACAUUAAUAUUCAUGCCUUUAGAGAACCCACCAUCAAAUGCCAUGCAAGAAGUCUAUUCCACCGCUUUGACCUCUGUCUUUGAACAGCUUAAAGUUGUAGAAGAGUUUAAUACACUGCAAGAAAUACUGGACAAAGCUAAGGUGACAAAACAACUUUACCUAAAUGCUUUACACUGGAUAAAAACCAGAGGUGGCCAGCCAGCUGUCCUGUUAAAACGAAAACCUGUUUCUGUCAAUAUCAAUAACUACAAUCCCACUUUAAUAAGAGCUUGGGAAGCAAAUAUAGAUGUACAGUUUGUGACUAAUGUAUAUUCAUGUGUUAUGUAUCUUGCAUCCUAUGUGUCUAAGCCGGAAAAGACUCUCGGAGAUGUACUACGGGCUGUUAGUGAAAGUUCUCAACACCUUGGUAUUAAACAAUCCAUGAGAAAUGUUGCAAACAAGUUUCUUACACACCGGGAAGUGAGCGCUCAGGAAGCUGUAUAUCGCUUAUUAUCACUACCACUGACACAGGGAUCAAGAGAAGUGCUGUUUGUUGCAACAGACAUGCCUGAAGACCGUACUCGACUUUUUAAGUCUUUAGAAGUACUACAAAGAAUGGAUGAGGAUGAUGAAGAUGUUUAUCAAACCAAUCUCCUUGACAGGUAUUCUGCCCGACCAGACAAUUUGGAAGAUAUAUGCCUAGCAGACUUUGCUACAAAUUACAAAACAUCCUAUAAACCUGCACCAGAUGAUAUAGAUCAUGAACAAGAUCCUGAACAGAAAGAGCCUGAACAGAAAGCUGCCAGAAUUACAUUAAAAGGUAAUCUUGGAUUUAUGAUCAAAAGACACAAACCUGCCAUCAUCCGGACUCAUCAAUGGUCAGUCAAAAAGAAACCGGAACAUUAUUAUCAUGCCCAGUUACUACUUUAUUUACCAUGGAGAAAUGAAACAAAUGAUUUGCUAAUGGAAACCUACCAAGAGAAAUACAAAUUGACAAAUGACAUUAUUCAACAAAACAAGAAGUUGUAUGAACAUAAUGCAGAUGAGCUGUCUAAUGUAUUAGAGGAGAUAGAAGAAAAUGGGUUUCCUGAUGACCACUGGGUAACAGUCGCACCAGAAACAGAACAGGCUAGAAUGGAAGAAGCCAUAGAAGGUCCAGACAUAGAACCAUCAGUUCAUGAUGCAUAUGAUACAGACAGCCACAAUACUACAACAGAUGCAAAUGUUGUACCACAUGAAUACAUUCCAUCAACAGAAGAUGUAAGUAACAAUGAAUGGAAAAGUAUGAUUCUGGCUUUGAAUGACACUCAGUAUCAACUUCAUCAGUUUAUAGUCACUUGGGCAAACUCUAUGCUAAUCUCACAUACAGGUAAAAAGCCAAACCCAUUUCACAUCUUCCUAACUGGAGGGGCUGGUGUAGGAAAAAGUUUCCUGGUCAGAACUAUAGUACAAACUGUGAAACGCCUCUUUCAGAGAGAUAACCAGAUUGAGGAUGUCCAUGUGUUGGUAUGUGCACCAACUGGAGCAGCUGCUUAUCAAAUUGCUGGACACACAUGUCACUCUCUUUUCCAGUUACCAGUUGGAACAAAAAGUGAUGAGGAUUAUAUUCCUCUCAGCAGGGAGCGUUUAGCAAGUAUGAAAGAAUCAGUUGGUGAUGUGAAAUUGAUAGUUAUAGACGAAAUAUCCAUGGUUGGUGCUGACAUGCUACUUACCAUACAUAGAAGAUUAUGUGACAUCAUGGGAAAUGAUAAACCAUUUGGAGGAGUGUCAAUAUUAGCCGUUGGAGACUUGCUACAAUUACCACCUGUUUUGAAAAAGUCAGUCUAUAGUGUGCCUUCAGAUAAAAUGGCUGCAAUAUAUGGAUCACUUUGGACAACUUACUUUCAAAUUAUAGAACUUACAGAAAUCCAGCGCCAGAAAAAUGAUGUUGUAUUUGCACAGCUAUUAAACAGAGUACGCAUUGGUGAACACACUGAUGAAGACAUGAAACUCCUCCAGUCAAAAAUCGUUUCUGUUUCAUCUGAACACUAUCCGCUAUUCAGCACUCAUAUGUUCAUAAGUAAUUCAUUAAAGAAUGAUCAUAACUUACAAAUGCUUCAAAAAGAAGUCACACAAGUAUUUACAUUCAAAGCAAUUGACACAAAGAAAGAUGGACAAACAAAGCAAAUUGAACAGGUGUCAUUUCAAGCAGAUGCUGGUGGAAUGCAAGCAGAAUUAAAGAUUGGCAUAAGUGCCAGAGUAGUGCUUACUACAAAUAUAGAUGUGUCUGAUGGUCUUGUAAAUUCUGCAGCUGGAAAAGUCACUGGAUUUAUUCCUAGCUGGAAUUCAAACUUACAUACGGACCAAUUUAAGCCAAAAUAUGUGCUUGUGGAAUUUGACGAUGAUCGUGUUGGCAGAAAAGCACGUGCUAGCUCAAGAGGUAUGAUUCCAGGACAUAUAAGUACAUCUACUCCAAUUCCUACCGUUGAAGUGCCUGUCUACCUAUCAAAAAGGUCUUCAAAAAUAACUUGUAAACGUAUUCAGUUCCCUCUAUCUCUUGCCUGGGGUGUGACCAUACAUAAAGAGCAAGGAAAGACUGAAUCUACCGCUGUGAUCUGUUCGAGUGGCACAUUUCGUAGUGGACAAUUCUAUACAGCCAUCAGCAGGUUACAAAGCCUUGCUGGUCUGUAUUUUAUUGGUGAAAUUUCAAAAUCAGAUGUCAAGACAAAUCAAUUAUCUCUAAAAGAAGUAGUUCGUAUGAAGGAAACCUGUCCAUUCAAACCACCUGUUCCUGUGACUUUGAAUGCAACUAUGACAGUUUAUUUAAAACUCCAAUUGUUUAACAUAAACUCAUUUAAGCCACAUGUUGAGUGCUACCAGAAAGACCCUUCCAUACUGAGAUAUCAUGUUAUCUGUUUCCAGGAGUCCUGGCUUACACAAGACGAUUAUGUUCCAGACUUCCCGAAUUUUCAUUGUAUCAGACAGGACAACUCUCAAAGUGUACAAAACCAUAGACGUGGUGGUUUAUUAGUCUUCAUUCAUGAACACUUUAAAUUACUUAAACAGUACCUGACUCAAGAUGUUACUGUAGAGCAUCUGCUAGUUCUACUGGAAAACAAACAAGACACAAAUCAACGAAUCAUGAUUCUCUCGUUAUACAAGAAUCCCAAACUUCCUGUUAAAGAUUUUCUUCCACAAUUUGAAACAUUGCUUCAAAAAAUGGAGCAAAACAUACCAUCAUUUGUCAUGGGAGAUUUUAACAUUGACAUUAACAAACCUACUCAAGCAGCAAAAGACUUAAUAAAGCUUGCUCAUCGAUAUGGAUUUCAUCAACUUGUCAAAACUGCCACACAUCGUAAAGGUGGACUUCUUGACCUGAUUUUUACUAACAGAUACACACAAGAAUCAGAUACUGACAUUAUUCCAACAUACUACAGUGAUCAUUUUAUUGUCUCCCAUUCGAUACCAUUUAAAAUAUUGCAGUAAACAUUUUCAAACAUAGUAGAGGUCGUUUGCUCUUCAAUAUGGAUUUCAUCAACACAUCGGGAAAGUGAAUUCAGGACACGAUAUUUACAAAUUGAUUAAAAAGUAAAAGAAAUUUCUUAUUAAUUUAACCGAUUCUUUGGACUUACUGUGAGAAAAAUACAUAAACAAAACAGCUUGCAAAUGACAAUUCACAGAGAUCAAAAUAUAGGCAAAUGUAACAAUGAUUUCCACAAACUACUGUUUU